AGACGCUAGUGAUAGUUGAGAGUCGGAUGAUCAAUGUAAUUGACUUAAAAAUAUGUUGCAUGCAAUCUCUUUAAAACGAAUUUUAUUACAUUGUAUCUUUGAUAACGUGCGCUUUUUCCUUUUUGACAGUGUUUAAAUCUUUCGAAAAUGUUGUCGCUUUAUUUGUGGGAUAUGGAUAUCAUAGAAGCGCUUGUUUGUCACAGUCAGAUUUAACUGUUGUUGAAACAUUAUCCGCUGUCGUCCAUUGUUUUGUUUCUGCUUUUUUACAACAACUUCUCCACGUCUGAAUUCUCUGGAACGCACAUCAAGGAGCUUCUGAGGGCUCAGCAUGGUGAACAGUCAGCUGGGUGGUGGUGUGGCGUCACCCCCCAGGUCGUGUGCAGGAUGCGGGGGGAAGAUCACAGACCGCUUCCUGCUCUUCUCCAUGGAGCGCUACUGGCACACACGCUGCCUCAAGUGCUCCUGCUGCCACGCACAACUAGGCGACAUUGGCAACACCUGCUACAGUAAAGGAGGCAUGAUCCUGUGUAGGAGCGACUACAUCAGGUUGUUCGGGCACAGUGGAGCAUGCAGCACCUGUGGCCAGUCGAUCCCGGCCAAUGAGAUGGUUAUGAGGGCACAGGGCAAUGUGUACCAUCUCAAGUGUUUCACCUGUGCCACCUGUAGAAACAGACUGGUGCCAGGCGACCGCUUCCACUAUGUUAACGGCACCAUCUUCUGUGAGCACGACCGGCCAGAGGCUGCACUGCUCAGCAGCCACCUGCCCCCACUCCAGAGUAACCCUGUGCUGCCUGACCAGAAGGUGUGCUGAGUGGUUAGAGCAGGGCGGUGUGCCUUCAUCCUUCCCUUGUCUCCAGAGGUCUCUCCAUCCCUGCUCCUGAUACUGUUGUUGUGG